AUGGCCUACCAUGGCGUCCCAGGCGGCUACGACCACGAUGCCAUAAACAACGACCAGUACCACAACCAGCACGAGUCCGACGAGGAGGUCGAGCGCUCGCUCCUCCAUACCAACCCUACCGGAGCCUACCAGGGCCCCUUCGACGACACACACUCGCACACGCCGGCUCCUCUUGACCACGGCUACAGCUUGACAGAGUCCUACGCCGACAACACACACCAUGUGCCUCCGUACGACAGCUAUGACGAGUACCGAGGUACUACCCUCGAGGACCCGGGAUACCAGCCCGCCGGUUCUCCAGUAUCUCGUGCCGCUACAACAUCGACCGAAGCAUGGGAAGCAAGAGCAGCAAUUGGCGGUCCGGCUGCUGGCGGCGGUGGUCUGAAGCGCAAUGCCACACGUAAGGUCAAGCUGGUACAGGGCAACGUCCUGAGUGCCGACUACCCUGUGCCUAGCGCUAUCCAGAAUGCCGUCCAGGCCAAGUACAGAAACGACCUUGAGAGCGGCAGUGAGGAAUUCACCCACAUGCGCUACACUGCGGCGACAUGCGACCCCAACGACUUCACCCUCAAGAAUGGUUACAAUCUUCGUCCGGCCAUGUACAACCGUCACACCGAACUCCUGAUCGCAGUGACGUACUACAACGAAGACAAAGUCCUGACCGCUCGUACUCUGCACGGUGUCAUGCAAAACAUCCGAGAAAUCGUCAACCUUAAGAAGUCCGAAUUCUGGAACAAGGGUGGUCCGGCAUGGCAGAAGAUUGUCGUCUGUUUGGUCUUUGACGGUAUCGACCCUUGCGACAAGGGUACCUUGGACGUCCUGGCAACCAUCGGUAUUUACCAGGACGGAAUCAUGAAGAAGGAUAUUGACGGCAACGAGACGGUUGCUCACAUUUUCGAGUAUACCACUCAGCUCUCAGUCACGGCCAACCAGCAACUUAUCCGUCCCCUCGACGAUGGCCCGACGACUCUGCCUCCAGUGCAGAUGAUGUUCUGUCUCAAGCAGAAGAACAGCAAGAAGAUCAACUCGCACAGAUGGCUGUUCACUGCCUUUGGUCGCAUCCUGAACCCCGAAGUUUGUAUCCUGCUCGAUGCCGGAACCAAGCCUGGCCACAAGUCCCUGCUUGCACUGUGGGAAGCUUUCUACAACGACAAGGAUCUUGGUGGUGCUUGUGGUGAGAUUCACGCCAUGUUGGGCCCUCGCUGGAAGAACCUUACCAAUCCUCUGGUCGCCGCUCAGAACUUCGAGUACAAGAUUUCCAACAUUCUGGAUAAACCGCUGGAAAGUUCGUUCGGAUAUGUCAGUGUUUUGCCUGGUGCUUUCUCUGCCUACCGUUUCCGCGCCAUCAUGGGUCGCCCUCUUGAGCAAUACUUCCACGGUGAUCACACCUUAUCCAAACAGCUUGGUAAGAAGGGUAUCGAAGGCAUGAACAUUUUCAAGAAAAACAUGUUCUUGGCCGAGGAUCGUAUUUUGUGUUUCGAGCUGGUCGCAAAGGCUGGUUCCAAGUGGCAUCUUACCUACGUCAAGGCCUCCAAGGGUGAGACCGAUGUUCCCGACAGUGCUCCUGAAUUCAUCGGUCAGCGUCGUCGUUGGCUGAACGGAUCUUUCGCCGCCUCCAUCUAUUCUCUGAUGCACUUCGGUCGCAUGUACAAGAGUGGUCAUAACAUUGUCCGCAUGUUCUUCUUGCAUCUCCAGCUCAUCUACAACAUCGCUCAGCAAAUUCUUACUUGGUUCGCUCUCGCUUCUUACUGGUUGACCACUACCGUCAUCAUGGAUCUUGUCGGUACCCCCAGCUCGUCCAACAACCAAAAGGCUUUCCCGUUCGGCAAUGACGCUACUCCUAUCAUCAACACCAUCAUCAAGUAUAUCUAUCUCGCAUUUGUCCUCCUCCAAUUCAUUCUGGCUCUCGGAAAUAGACCAAAGGGUUCGAAGUUUACCUACAUCGUCUCAUUCUGCUGGUUCGGCCUCGUACAGCUUUACAUCACUGUCGAUGCGCUAUAUCUGGUUGUCCACGCCUUUACGGGUGGUCCAGGCUUCGAUACAGACAGUGCUUCCGACUUUGUACAGUCCUUCUUCUCUUCAACGGGACCCGGUAUCAUUGUUAUCGCUUUGGCUGCAACCUUCGGUCUCUACUUCGUCGCUUCCUUCAUGUACCUCGACCCCUGGCAUAUGUUCACCUCAUUCCCUCAGUACCUUCUGAUCAUGAGCUCGUACAUCAACAUCCUCAACGUCUACGCCUUCAGCAACUGGCAUGAUGUGUCUUGGGGAACCAAGGGUGCCGACAAGGCCGAUGCACUGCCUUCAGCCAAGACAGAAAAGGCUCAAGAUGGUAAAGCGACGGUCAUAGAGGAAGUCGAUCUGGCACAAGCGGACAUCGACUCGCAGUUCGAGACUACUGUCAAGCGUGCUCUCACGCCUUACGUUGCUCCCAAGGACAAGGAAAGCAAGUCGCUGGAGGAUUCAUACAAGAGUUUCCGUACUCGUCUGGUCACCUUCUGGAUUUUCAGUAACGCCCUCCUUGCCGUCGCCAUCACCAGUGAUAACUUUGAUAAGUUCGGUUUCACUAGUGGUGCUAGCAAGCGCACUGCAAGAUUCUUCCAAGCUCUGCUCUGGGCCAACGCCAUUGUUGCCCUCGUCCGCUUCUGCGGUUGCUGUUGGUUCCUUGCCAAAUCUGGUCUGCUGUGUUGCUUCGCACGCAGAUAA